CCGAGUCAGUCGAGUUGAGGCGCCGGAGUACCGCGUGGUCGGUCGGUCAGUAGUCAGUCGAGUCGAGUCGAAUCGGUCGUUCGAGAGGGAAACGAGAGGGAGGAACCUCGCGUAAGCAGGAUUAACGCAAGCAGAACGCAAGAAUGGCGCUCUUUCGCUUCACCCCUAAACGCUGUCUCGACGUACAGAAAAUAACGUCGGUGGUAUUUACGCGCCAAUUAACCGACGCAUCCACGGAUCUCAAGAAAAUUCUUUCCGAUAAGAUACCAAGGGAACAAGAACGUGUCAAAGCCUUUCGUAAGGAUCAUGGCUCCACGAAAGUUGGCGAAGUCACCGUGGACAUGAUGUACGGCGGUAUGCGCGGUAUUAAAGGUCUCGUGUGGGAACCUUCGGUGCUCGAUCCGGAGGAAGGCAUCCGUUUCCGCGGCAAGUCGAUCCCCGAGUGUCAGAAGUUGCUGCCGAAGGCGCCCGGCGGCGCGGAGCCGUUGCCGGAGGGUCUCUUCUGGCUGCUGAUCACCGGCGACGUGCCGACGGACGCGCAGGUGAAGGCCGUCUCGCAAGAAUGGGCGACGAGGAGCGCGCUGCCCGAGCACGUGGUGAAGGCGCUCAAUAACUUCCCUAAGAACCUGCACCCGAUGACGCAGUUCUCCGCAGCGAUUACUCUGCUGAACAGCGAGAGUGAGUUCGUGCGGGCAUACAGCAAAGGCGUGCACAAGAGCAAGUACUGGGAGACCGUGUACGAUGACUCGAUGAAUCUGAUCGCCAAGCUGCCGGUCAUCGCGGCCACGAUCUACCGUAACAUCUACAAGAGCGGCAAAGGUCUGGGCUCGGUCGACGCCGGUAAGGACUGGUCCUGGAACUUCGCCAACAUGCUCGGCUACGACAACGCGCAGUUCAUCGAGUUGAUGCGUCUCUACCUCACCAUACACUCGGACCACGAGGGUGGCAACGUGUCCGCGCACACCACCCACUUGGUAGGAUCCGCCCUGUCAGACCCAUAUCUCUCCUUCUCCGCUGGCAUGAACGGCUUGGCCGGACCUUUGCAUGGUUUGGCGAAUCAGGAGGUGCUGGUGUGGCUGGAGAAGCUGCGCGGCCAGGUGGGCGAGAGUCCAAGCGACGAAAAGCUCAAGGAGUUCAUCUGGAACACGCUGAAGAGCGGCCAGGUGGUACCCGGUUAUGGACACGCCGUUCUCAGGAAGACCGACCCCAGGUACACGUGUCAGAGGGAGUUCGCGCUCAAGCAUCUGCCGGACGACCCGUUGUUCAAGCUGGUGGCGCAAGUAUAUAAGGUGGUGCCGCCUGUUCUCCUGGAGACCGGCAAGGUGAAGAACCCGUGGCCGAACGUAGACGCGCAUUCGGGCGUGUUGCUGCAGUACUACGGUAUGAAGGAGAUGAACUACUACACGGUUCUGUUUGGAGUGUCUCGCGCGUUAGGCGUGCUCGCCUCUCUAGUGUGGGACCGCGCUCUAGGACUGCCCAUCGAGAGGCCUAAGUCCCUCAGCACCGAUCUCCUCAUGAAAGCUGUCAAAUCUUAAAAUAGCACCGAUCUCCUCAUGAAAGCCGUCAAAUCUUAAGCUCGUCCGUCAAUCAAUCGGCGGUCGUUAUCAGCGUAAUCACUUCUCGGAGUCCACGUCUCAUCGUAUCCCGGCCCCUCGAUCUCCAGCAAAGAGCGUCGACAGCGAUGUCGAGCUCCAACUUUCCGACGGGUGACUUUCAAGACCAUUUUGAUACCGACCUCGACGGAGUCUCCUCAACGAGUGCGCCUUAUCGAGCGAAAGAGCAUGAAAGGGCGUACAAGAGAAAAAAAGAAAGAGAGAGAGAGAGAGUGCGCGAGCGAAUGAAUGAAUAAAUGAGCGAGUGAGUGAGAAACAAGGCUAGGUAAUCAAUACGACAAAUAAUUAUGUCAUAACGAUGUAUUAUCUAAACAUAGAAUCAUUAAGAGCAGAUUCAUCAACGUUUUACGUCCGAGUACACGUGCGCAUACGUUUCCCGUAGACGUAAAAUGGACUACGCGUUGAUUUUUGAGAUCUGCAAUCCGAAAUUACUGGUACUCAGAAUGGUACCAGUAGACCGAGUUCCCGCGACGUAGUUACUUAUCCGAGCAGAAACAUAGAUUCAUUCAAUUAGUCGAAACUGCCAAAUCCACGAGGGAGUCCGAAACUGCGCGAAAAUCCAAAAGACGGUUUCCGGGCGAUCCUCGGUUGCCUGAAUGACGUUUUUUUAGAAUUCUACGCUACUUAGAAGUGCGAAUACAUAAAUAAAUACACACAGGAUAGAGAAAUGUACCAGAAAUAGGAUAACACGUGUAUCGCACAAGAUGCUAUUGUAAAUACAAUUAUUAUCGCUCAAUACUCAGUAACACAUUGACUAUCAGGUUGACCAACUUGUCUAUGGCAGUGGUCAACGUGUUAAUUAGCGGUAAUGCCGACAACAUAAAGAUAGCGGAAAAUAACAAAGACACGUGGAAAUAGCGGCUCAUAGAAUUCAGGAUGUUGCAGACGUCUGAACAAUAUCAUUGAGACGCUUUAAGUAUGAUCGAAUACGGAUCGCACGUUAUUCAGACGAUUCUCUAGUGUCCUUGGAAACUUAUCAUUAUCCGGAACUGUAACAACAUGAAUUGGACGUGUGUAAUAUCAUUAUUAUCGUCUUGCUUCGUCACUUGAGAAAUGCAUUGCCCAAGUGUUAUUGCAUAUUCUAUUUCGUCCUCUUCCCUAUAAUUUUUUUCUUUUUUUAUUAAUUAGAACUCAGAUGUUCGAAAAUCUUCAAAUUUCGGAACGAAACUACGAGGUAUGCCAAGGAUUCUGUGAGAAUAGAAAAUAGAUUUCAAGGUAAUAGAGUGCACCAGCGCUGAAUAAAACGCGAAUGUGCGGUGCUUAUUAGCGCUGACAUAGAUCUCCCUGUCGACAACUUAACGUCUCCCUCAGGAAGUCCAUCGCAAUUAAUUGCUCUUAGAAAGAAGAAAACGCGAAUCGAGAAGUAGGGAAAUACUUAAGAGUGAAUGAGAUGAUGCAGAAAAAGAGCACGUCUCAUCAGCGAGUACGUUCUCUUAGUCUUAUCAGACAUCGAAAUAUUAUUAUAUUUUAUGUCAUAUAUUAUUUAUAAUAUAUAUAUAAAUAUAUAAUUAUGUUAUAUAUUAAUUACAAAUUAAUAUAUAUAUAUAAUUAUAUAUAAUAUAAAUAUUAUAAUAUUUUAUAUUGUCUGAUCACAUCGUCGCGAGUAGUCAAGUUUCGCGUAAAAUGAAAAAUCAUGGACGCACUGGUGGAUUUAUCGUCACGAGAAUGAAUGAAUGUGUGAAUACUUUAUUUAUAACGAACGUGAAAAUAAAUGGACACUACGACACAAUUGACUACAAAUAACCAGUUCGAAGGUUUCUUCCUUAUAUGUCGCGCAUGGUAUUGCUUCAGAGGGCAUCUAGUAAAAGAUCUAAUAUAAAUUCAUCCAAUAAAUCGUUUGACAUACAACAUGCCGAAUUAAAAGGGAUAAUUUCUCGAGUGUAUAAUUCCUUUGUGCCGAAAGUCCCGACUACAAGGUGCACGUUCUUGAGGUAAAAUUUAGUAGAAUUUUAAAAGUAAUCUAUAGCUGUACCGUAGAUUUUAACACCGAGUGAAAUACGCUCAAUCCGAAGACAAUAAGCUUUCAUUGUGAUAUUUCUCGUAGAAAUGCAAAUGCAGUCGAAAGUUGGAGGGAGGGGGAACAUGUGUGGUGGAGAAUGAGAUGUAACAGACUCGUGUGUACUUCAUACCGAUAGAAACUCUUUUAAUUUAUUUGACAUCGCAUACUUUUUAGAGUCUCCGUUAUAUUAUUUUUAAUAAAGUUGUACCGGGGGAAGAUCCCCUGGCUUAUAUAAUAUAU